GUUUAUUACAAAUUUACUACAUUAAUUUAUUAAUGUUGAAAAUACAUAUGAAAAUAUAAUUUUAUUAUUAUUGUUUUUAUAUGAGUGUACUUGGGAAAUUAUUUUGUGAUAAUGACUCUUCUAAUAUCACAUCCUCAAAAACUAUUAUUUUCCUAUCUGAAAAAUACCCCCCAAUGUUUAAGAAAACAUCUCCAUGAGAUAAUUCCACAAGUUAAGAAAGAAUUACCAGCAGUGACUACUGAAAAUCAGUAUGAAAUCCUUUCUCGAGUAGUGGCUCCUUUAUGGGAUAUGGAUUAUGCUGAACAGUUGAUGUUAAAAAAAAAAUGGACCAGAGAAAUAGUGGGAACAAUCAAAUCACGUAGAAUAUCAAAGUCUAAAACUAGAAUUCAUGAGAUACUCCCUUCUCCUUUGAUUGAAUCCUAUCGCAGUAAAGAUGAAUUCAGUAUUAGACGAGGUGUAGAUGGAAAUGAUAAAACUGUUGGAUUCUUUGUUGGAAGUCCCUCUGAAGGAAAUGUAGUUUGUGUACAACCCAUAAAACUUGUCUCUAUAAAAGAUAGCCACUUGUUACUUGCUGAGGUCUAUCAACAACUUAUUCGUGAUUCACCUUUAAAAGCUUGUCAUGAUUUACACGAUGGUGGUUAUUGGAGAAACAUUGUUGUGAGGUCUAAUAGAAAAAACGAAAUUAUGUUGAUAGUAGUAGUACAUCCUGCUGGAGCUUCAACAUCUGAUAUGGAAGAAUCUAAGGAACUCAUAAGAGACAGGUUUUUAAGUAGUGGGGCUAAUAUCAAGAGUCUCUAUUUUCAAGCAUGUAAAAAUGUAAGGUGUACAGAUGAUCAAGCCUCAUUUGAAUUAUUGUAUGGAGAAAAAUUCUUAUAUGAAACCAUUGAUGACAUUACAGUUAGAGUCUCUCCUGAUUCAUUUCUGCAAGUGAACAUUGAAGCUGCAGAAACACUUUAUGAUGCUGCUUUGGGCUUAGCAAAUUUAACCGAUAAAACGACUGUUUUAGACUUGUGCUCAGGAACAGGAAUUAUAAGUCUUCUUGCAAGUAGGCGAGUCAGAGGUUGUGUGGGAAUUGAGUCUAUAUCUUCGGCUAUUGAUGAUGCAAUUUUUAAUGCCAGUUACAAUAGUAUAACUAAUUGCAGCUUCAUCCUUGGGCGAGUAGAAAAGAAAUUAAAAGGUGUGUUGAAAGAAUUGUACCUUGCUUCUGAUCUUGUGGCUUUUAUUAAUCCUGGUAGAGGAGGAGUAGGUCAAAAUCUUAUUAAAACUUUAAGGAAAAACCAUCUUUUAAGAAGAAUUGUCUAUGUUUCAUGCAAAGCAGAGCAUACGAAUGCACUCAGAAAUUUUGAAGACUUAUGUUCUCCUUUCUUUGAUAAAUCAUCACCUUUUUUCUUAACCGAUGUUCAACCUGUGGACAUGUUUCCACUUACCAGUCAUUGUGAACUUAUUUUAGUUUUUCAAAGAUGAUUUUGUUUUUAUUUCAUGAGGAUAUAAUAUUUUAACUGGUACUUACUUGACUGUAUUCAAUAAGAUUUGCUGAACCAGUUUGUUUAUUUGAAACUAUGUGAUUCUAUUUUGUCUGUAGUUUUAAUUUUGUAAUUUAAUUACCAGUUUAUUUUUUAUGUAUUAAAGGCUGUCAAUAUUUUUAUUAUUAUAUGUCAGUUUUAUUAUUAUAUUCAUUCUCUCUCCUCUCCUAUUUUUCUUCUCCAUCAUGUACAUACUACUAACGCAGAAGGCCAAGUGUGCUAGGACAUUUUCAAUAAAUAUUAGAAGGGAAGCUCUAUUGAACAGUUGAUCAUUCUGUGAGAUCCUCGUUAAACAUGAUUUUAUUAUACCUUUAUCUGAUUAAUGAUUUCCGAUGCAU